AUGGCCCCCGGCGACGAAUACGCAGCCGGCGGGGGCGGCAAACUCAAACUCAAAGGCUCCAAAGUCAGCGACGGCCGAGUAGAAAAGAAAAAGAAGAAGUCCAAGAAGAGCAAAUCCGACAAGGAGGGUGAGGUUGGCUCCGCGCCGCCCGAAGCUAGACAUCCCGAUGAAGACCGGGGGAGCGAGGAUCACCACCAGGACCACCACGCACACCCAGAUGAUACGGGUGCAACAGUAGGCAAGACAGAAGCAGAAAGGAAGUACGAAGAGGCGCGAAAGAAGAGGCUCUUGGAACGUCUAAAGCGGGAAGGUGUCAAGACUCACAAGGAGCGAGUGGAGGAGUUGAAUAAGUAUUUGAGCAGGUUGAGUGAACAUCAUGAUAUGCCGAAGAUUGGACCCGGUUAA